AUGAAUGGUGCAAAUUAUUUGCAGUGCUUACAAAAUGAUUCACCAAAGUACUUGGAAGAGGUAAAUUUAGGAAUAACUGCGGUGCCGGAUAAUGAGAAAUUUAAAAGGAAAGUUAAAUUUGAAGAUACAAUUCUGGUGUGGUGUGUCAUUUCUCUAGCAGAAGCUUCGCGACCAUAUGUAGGACAUUUUAGAGGAGAAGCCAUCACUACAGGUCUUUAUAUACAAAGAUAUUCGCCUAAAUUGUUACUAUUUAUAAACGAACAUCAUAUUAAUGAUGAAAUCAUGUUCUGGCCUGAUUUAGCAUCUUGUCACUAUGCCAGACAAACUAAAGAUUGUUCAGAAGCCAAUAAUAUCCCAUUUGUACCCAAAGAAGGUAAUCCACCUAAUAUUCCCCAAACACGCCUCAUUGAAGAUGCCUUAUUAAGCAGAAAAGUUUAUGAUAAUGGUUGGGAAGCAGAAAAUACAGAACAAAUAAGAAGGAGAAUUUACCAAAAGAUUCGGGAAAUCGAUGUUGCUACUAUCCAAUCACUUAUGAGAAACUUGACAACAAAAAUACGCCGGAUUGAAGACCAUGGGCCGCUAGCUGCAUUAUAA